CAGCCAGCAAAGCCAGCCAACCCAGCCACAACAACUGUUUUGCUCUUGUGUGCUGUUGUGGUUUGUGUUUUGCGUGUGGCAUUUUUCCAUCCUUGUCGAUCUCAGGUCUCCCCAACACACCUUGCUGCUACCUGACCACCACCCUCGGUUUUUCUUCCGCCCACCACCCAUCCCAGGAUGAAGCUUCUCCUCGCCGUGGCGGCCGUGGCUGCCCUUCUGUCUGUGGCUUCGGCCCAGACAUGCUCCUCGCAGGGCGUGUCCGACUCGUCCAGCUGCAACAACAAGUGCAGCGGCCAGGGCAGCUGCGCGUGCGUUUUCACCGACAUUAUUGGCGCCACUUGCGAGUGCACGGGCACAGGCUUCAUCUUCUCUUGCACCGACCUGGCCGGCAAUGACGAUUUCAGCUUUGGCGACGACGAUCUCGUUGUCACCAGCUGCAGCGGCGACGGCGUCACCUCCCAGUCGAGCUGCAGCAACCAGUGCUCGGGCAACACCUGCACAUGCGUCUUCGCGGAGAUCUCCGGCUUCUCCACGUGCUCCUGCGCUGACGGCGGAAGCUACGUCUACUCCUGCAGCGACGCGUCCGGCACCAUCAACGCUGACGACGACGGCGCACCCAGCGCAGGCAGCGUUGUGGAUAUCCUCACCCAGUUUCUCGGCGAGAGCUGCAAGAGCUCCAUCAAGAGCGCCGUCACCAACUCGCUCAUCAACUGCAUUGCCGACGCCGGCUCUGAGUUCUCUGCCCUCAGCGACGACGACUUUGACGACUUGGACGAUGAUGCCUUCUUCACGGAGGAGCAGCUGCAGGACAUUUGCAACAACGACUGCGUCGCGCAGGUGUUCCGGAGCCUGGCCAUCCUCGAGGACGCCAGCUGCCUCCCAGACCUCAGCACCAUCACCGGUUUCCUUGGCGACGACGAUGGCGCCAGCAGCAACAUUCUCAGCGGCUUUGCCCAGUUUGCCGGCUUUGCCGCAUACCAGGAAACGCUCGGCCUUGCCUGCACGCAGGGAGGCGGUGUGUUCUGCGGCACCCUCAUCGACGUUCUUGGCGCCAUUUCUGCUGACCCCAGCGCCGUCACCGCCGCCCAGUGCCAGGCCCUCGUUGAUGCCGGCAACUGCCUCGGCACCAUCAAGGCAGCCGUCGAGGUCAACCCUUCCAUCUUUGGCGAUGAUGAUGGCUUUGAGAUUGACGUGAACGCGUUUGUUGGCAACAUCAGCCUCGCGUGCAGCAACCAGGGUGUGAGCGGCGUUGAUCAGGCAGCUGCUGGCACCGAGGCCCCGUCCUCCAUUGCCUCCAGCUCCGCCACCAUGGUCUCUGGCAUCGUUGCCGCUGUCGUUGCCGUGGCUGCUGCAGCCAUCAUGGCCUAAAGCCUGCCGACAACGAGGAACAUGCAUCAGGGCCUGCACGCGCGCUCAGCUCGCGUGCACUCCGCCCUUUCGCCUUUGUUCGUUGCAUUGCCUCAUUGCACUGAACCAACAACCCCCAACAUUUGCGGGGGCCCACUCCUUGUGCUUACAUCCCCACCUUUGCGUCCCCUGCAACCAACCACAUGCCUCGAUGCUCAGAACGACACCAUCGUCGAUGCUGUGACAUGUGUGGCCUGUUGUUCCGUUGCUUUCGUCCCUCAUCCCCCUACCAGUGUUCAUCCACCCAUUCAUCCCCCUCCCCCUCUCCACACCUCAUUAAACGGUCCAAGUCCACG